AUGGAGACUACUUUUAUGACUAUUCAUAAUCUUUCCCGCGAAGCCAACAUCCUAUUCGCUUCUGAAUCCAUCUCUGAGAUCCUCGGGUGGGAACCCGAAGAAGUAGUGGGAAAACCAUGGUUCGAGCUACAAGUCAGGAGAGUUCAUUUGGAGAAGGCCGCUGUGAUUUAUCAUGCUAGUAUUCAACAGAAGGAUCGGGAUGAGCAUGGGAAGCCUAAGUUCGUUAAGUGUGAAUGUGUUUUUACUGUGGUUCAUGAUGUUUUGGUUGCUUGUACUAGUGCGUAUGAUAAGGAUCAGGAGCAUUUGGAUCAUUUGGAGACGAUCCGUGAGAGUAUUAAGAAGGAAACUUCCAAGAGUCUCGUCAAACGAUUCACUGCCCCUCCAAAGGAUUUGAGAUAUCACAUGUUGGAGAAUCUUUCCUUCAAAUUUCGAGUUCCAAAUACCGACGUCUCUACACGUGAACCAAGAGCUGCUCUGAUUCUCAAUCGUUUCACUCGCAGCUUAACAGUCAUGUAUUCCACUGAUGCUAUUGAAAAAGUUCUCGGUAUCAGUAAGGAAUACAUGGUUGGUAAAAGUUUCUACGAAUGCAUUCAACAACAAUGUUUGACGGAAUCUAUCGCAGCAAUUGAAAGUGCCAAAGGAAAUGAUUCCAUCGCUCAUCUCAUCUUUUGGUGUCGUGAUCCACGUCAUCCUCAUGAGAUUGAAGAACUCAAUCAAGCUCUAGAUGAUGCGAGUGAUAUCAGCGGAAGUGAAGAUGAAAGUGAAAAUGAUGCAGUUGAUGGAAACUUCAACUCAUCAUCUACUCCAUCAAGCACAACCACUCGAUCUAUUGCUCAACCUAGCAGAGGAGGAGUAACCCGACGAAACAAUCGUCAAAGAUCUACUAAUACUCCACUUACUCGUGAGGUUCUAACUGCAUUUCAAUCUAUCCAAUUAGAAGCCGUCAUAUCGUGCACUUCAGAUGGUCUGGUUGUUAUUUUGCGUAAAGCUCCAGUCACAUCUCCAGUUCAACAUCAAGCUAUCGCUCCAUGGGGUAUCAAUCCCAUUGCACCUCACGUGCAUCAACCCGCUCUCAGCAAUAAUUUCAUUCAUGGUCCGCAGGCAUCAGCUCUUCAACCCGGUACUUCCAAAGAAGCAGCCAUCAAGAGUAUUCGCGAAGUUGCAGUAUUCGCCUGGGCCCUCUGCGGUAUCAAUGGAAAUAUUUCCGCCUACGGACAUGGAAUACCCGGACCGAGAUCUCAACCGCAGGUUCUCCCGGUUUGGAAUCCGGAUGGUCCCGGGGAAAUUGAGCCGCCGGUUAACCAGGCGGAGGUGGAUUGGAAGAGGAGAUUGGGGAAGAGAAAGGAAACGGGGAGAUCGUUAGGAAGUGUCUUUCGAGAGGAGAGGAAUGAGAGGAGGGAGAAGAGGAGGAAGACGGGUGGGAUGGGUGGAAAUGAGCUAAAACCUGAUGGGUAUGCGGGGAUGAGGAGUUAUCAUCCGCUUGGGCAGAGUCAGAUGAGUUAUGCUCAUCAGAAUCAUGGGUUUAGUACUGCGGGUUCGGUGGCUGGGAAUGGAAAUGGAGUUGGGAAUGGUGGUGCUGGAGGGUAUGGAAAUGGGAAUGGAAAUGGGAAUCAUCAUAAUGGACAUGCACAUGGGAAUGGAAAUGGGAAUGGAAAUGGUACUCAUUAA